UUGGUGUGAGGAAAGCUGCCUAAGCAGAAUCGAGUGACUGGAGGAGCACUUGUUGAGCUUGAUGUUCAUGCUGAGGAUGUUCUUGCAUCUCUAUCACACAAACAUUGCACCCAAAAAGCUAAAGUUGGAUCAAGCUCAAGGAAAGUUAAAAAUUUCUAUGGAGGGUCUAAGAAAGAAACAGACAAACCUGAGGGAGGUUCAAGAUAAAUUUGCUGUAUUCCAGCAGACACAGAAAUCCAAGAAACAAGAGAAAGCAGACAUGGAAAAUCAGAAAUAUGAAGAUACAGAACCUGAAUGCCAGCUGCCAGCGUGAAGGAUGCUAGUCGUCCCCAGAGAAAGUUUGGAAUAACCCUCUUUUGAAGAUUUUACCCAGUGAAA